UUUGUGAAUUAGAACAAUAAGAAACACAUCAACAGAAUAAUAAUAUAUUGACAUUGUAAGUAAUAUGGUGAGAAAGUGAAAGCGAGAGGUAUAGGAAAAGCGGAGUGUGUAUAAAGCUUUCCGAGAGGCUUGGAGAGCGGCGGGGAUGCGGAUUCGCGAUGGGAAACAUUUUCGGCAGAAAGAGACGAACCCGAGUCACGGAACAGGACCGAGCCGUGCUGCAAUUAAAGCAGCAGAGAGAUAAGCUGAAGCAGUACCAGAAGAGAAUCAACCUGCAUCUGGAGAAGGAGAGACUGCUGGCACGGCAGCUGCUGCGAGAUGGAAAGAAACCGAAAGCACUGCUGCUGCUUAAAAAGAAAAGAUACCAGGAACAGCUUCUGGAUAAAACAGAAAACCAGAUCAGCAAUCUGGAGCGCAUGGUUCAAGACAUCGAAUUCGCCCAGAUUGAGAUGAAAGUCAUUGAAGGGUUAAAGAUCGGCAAUGACUGUCUAAAGAAGAUGCACGAGGUUAUGUCUAUUGAAGAUGUGGAGCGAAUAAUGGAGGAGACACAAGAUGGAAUAGAUUAUCAGAGGCAAAUAGAUGAGGUGCUGGCAGGAAGUUUAACACAGGAGGACGAGGAUGCUGUGCUGGCUGAAUUGGAAGCUCUUACUCAGGGAGAAGAGGAGGUGGAAGAGCUGCCGGAGGUCCCCACGGAGCCCCUCCCCAAGGUCCCAGACACAGAGCCAGAAAAGGAGAGGGGCAAAACCAAGCCUCAACAGCAGCUGUUGGCAGCUUCAUAACCAGCCUGCUUCUCUAUCCAUCUCCCCAUUGCCCUUCUGUCUCUCUCCACUUCUGUCAAUCCUUGCUCCAUCCUCCAGUCUUUUUCUGGGGAUAGCCAGAUUUUAUUCUUGAUUCGUUUUGUUUUUAAGAACAGAGUCUCACACUAUCAGUAUUUUCUGAUUUAUGGUUAUGGCUUCCCCCAUUUAGGACUUGACGGGUUUGUCUCCUUUGUGUAGGUGUUUUUAAAGCAGUAGAUAGGUUUGAGUUUCCUAGAAUGACUAAUAAUGACAAUUCAGUAGGAAUGAAAAUUCUGAAAUGUAACGGGCAACGAACAUUUAAUUAUGUUUUAAUCGCAUUGAACUGAUUCAUUGUCUGCAGUUAAUUAUAAGGCAAUGGUAGUAUCUAAUCGUUGCUAAACAAAGUAUGUUAUACUGACAGUGUGUUAACGGAACUGUAAUUUAUCAUAUCAGUUAUACAGUGUGCCAUGCAACCAUGGAUAUUCUCAGAGGAAGCUUUUUAUGUAAUGAGAAACAACAGAAAGAAAUCUGUCAGCUAAUCAUUAAGCCCCCAUCCCUCCCCUCAUAAAUAUCAUAUUUCAUCUGCAGCAGUCCAAUUCUGUCUUCCUGGGAACAUAUUCAUAAAGCUGUUGUGCACAGGUGAAUGCAAAUUAUCUACUGCCAAGUUGAUUCUUUUGAAUUAUUGAAACAGACUGUAUUAAAACACAAUUGUAACUAGUGCAGUACCUCCACAGAGAACCACUAGGGCCCUCUGUUUCUAACACUCCUGGCUUUAAUUGACUCUGGAGGUGAGUACGGGAGAGAGCUCUGCUGAUAAUUGCGUUGCCUACUUUGUGGAUGUUAAUGAUCAAGUGACAUUUGUUAAAGAAGUGCAAGUGAUAAUUACACCACCAUGGGGGCAGAGCCUCAUCCUCACUUGAAAGGGCUACGCAGGGUCAGUAUCCUCAAAUAAAUACAUUGCAGGGUUAGAUUUCCUAAGCUUUUGCUCUGGUACAGUUUGAAUAUCACAAAUAGUUUAAAAACAUCUGUAUCAUAAAACAAACAAAAACUGACAUUUAUAAGGUUGUCUUUUGUUUAGUUUUAUAAUACCUUGACCACAGUAGCUUCUCCUUUCAAUAGUUAAACCACUGUUUUAUCUAUGAGAGAUUUUUUUUUUGCUGGAUUCUGAUGCACUGUGACUUUGUGCAGGUCAGUAAGUUAAAUUGUAGGCACAGUUAAUUGUAAAGUAAAGAGAGGUAAAAGCAGCAGGCAGAAACAAACAGAAGAAAACUGCUCUUUAUCCUCACUGAGGACAAAUGUGAGAGUAAGCAUCAUUCAAUAAAGUAAUGGUCACUAGCUAGUGCAAAACAGAGCUGAAUUUAUGAUGUUGGUUUUGUAGUCCCUUUCAAAGAAAGCACAAAAUGUGCAAUCGGGCACCAGCAUCUUUUAACAUGCAUCUGGGUGAAUGUGCACUUUUAACUCUCCAAUCAGUUGUUACCAUCCCGUAAAAAAUAAUGUCCGUUUUGUUAUUGUAACCCAACUGUGCUUGGAGGUUUCACUUCAAUACAAUUCUUACUGAGUAUACCAUCAUCAGAUCAGGUGGACGUUAGGAAAUAGUCUAGGGGCUGUUAGUUUUUUGGUAUGCUGCAACAAUAAAAGUAUUUUUAAUUG